GUUUAGUCGAAGCCGUAUCUGCCGUGUUUCAUAAUGCCAUAAUGGCAAUAAUCUCACCUAAAAUUGGCUGGCAAGGCCGACACUCCACCAUCCUCCAUGGCCGUUAAGCCCACAUCCAUCAUCGCCGCCUCCGCCACAGCACGCCAUGGAGACCAGCAAGUCGCCACCGCUCUACUCGGCGCCGCGGGAGCCCUCUGCCACGACAGUGAUGCUGUGUCCGUGCCUGGCGUUCUUCCUCCUCGCUCUCAUCAUCACCUCCAUCGCACUCACUGUCCACUUUCGCCUCUACUGCCACACUCCUCUUGCCCACCUCAUCUCCCCGCACCGCUGCCCCCACCACAUCUGACCUCCGUCUCCGCCCGCAUCGCUGGCGUGGUCCUGCUUCCCAGAGGCGUGUUCCCUCUGCUGCCGCCGAGAUCCCGAUACGUUAUGGGUUCCCCUCUCCUCGCGACGCCGGCAUGCGGGGCUUACGACGUGCUCUGGGGCUUCGCAGCCGGAAGGUUCCUCUCCAUCUUGGCUGCCUCCGACGAAGAUCAGGGCUCGUCGGAGCAGGAGGCGGCUGCGAGCAACCCGGAGGGCGUGGACCGCGUCUGCGCGGCCAUCGCGGACGUCGUCGCCUCCGGUGCCGACGCGAACCUGGAGGCGGCGCUAUCCGCGCUCUCGCCACCGCUCUGCGAAGCGGUCGUGCUCGCUGUGCUCCACCGCUUCAAGCACGCACAUAGGCCGUCCUACCGCUUCUUCAGGUGGGCCACAGUGUCCGGUGGCUUUACCCACACCACCAUUACCUACUGCAAGAUGUUACACAUCUUAGGCAAGACGAGGCAGUUCGAGUCGAUGGUUGCGAUGAUCCAAGAGAUGGGGAAGGCGGGGGCCCUGUCCAUGGACGCCUUCAAGGUUGCCAUUAAGUCCUUCGCUGCGGCUGGUGAGAUCAAGAAUGCGGUUGGCGUGUUCGAGUUGAUGAGAAAGAACGGUUUCGAUGAUGGGGUGGAAUCAUUCAAUUGCUUGCUCGUUGCUUUAGCCAAAGAGGGAUUAGGUAGGGAGGCCAGGCAGGUGUUUGACAAAAUGCAUGGCCAGUACUCUCCAGACCUGCGCUCUUAUACUGCACUGAUGCUGGCAUGGUGCAAUGCGAGGAAUCUGGUUGAGGCGGGGCGGGUUUGGAAUGAGAUGCUGGAGAAGGGAAUGGAUCCAGAUGUUGUUGUCCACAACACAAUGAUUGAGGGGUUGCUGCGUGGGCAGAGGCGACCCGAGGCCGUGAAGAUGUUUGAGCUGAUGAAGGCAAAGGGGCCUCCACCAAAUGUGUGGACUUACACAAUGUUAAUCCGUGACCAUUGUAAGCAGGGGAAGAUGGACAUGGCAAUGGAGUGCUUUGAGGAGAUGCAGGAGGCUAAAUGCCAACCAGAUGUUGCUACCUAUACAUGUUUGCUGGUUGGAUAUGGGAAUGCAAAACAAAUGGACAGAGUGACUGCUGUGUUGGAGGAGAUGACACAGAAGGGAUGCCCCCCUGAUGCUCGGACUUACAAUGCACUGAUUAAGUUGCUAACAAAUAGGAAUAUGCCAGACGAUGCUGCAAGGAUAUACAAGAAGAUGAUCAAGAAGGGACUUGAGCCCACAAUCCAUACUUACAACAUGAUGAUGAAGUCAUAUUUCGUUGGUGAUAGCAACUAUGCAAUGGGUUGUGCAGUGUGGGAGGAGAUGCACCAGAGGGGUAUUUGCCCUGAUGUGAACUCUUACACAGUGUUCAUUAAUGGGCAUAUACGACAUGGCAGGCCAGAGGAGGCAUAUAAAUAUAUCGAGGAGAUGAUUAAUAAAGGGAUGAAAGCUCCACAAAUAGACUAUAAUAAGUUUGCUGCAGAUUUCUCAAAGGCUGGGAAACCAGAUAUAUUGUUUGAGUUGGCUCAGAAAGUGAAAUUUGCUGGGAAAUUAGAUGUAUCUAAUGUGUUCUAUCAGUGGGCAGAUAGAAUGAAGAGUCGGGUGAAGAGAAAUGUACCUUCAGAUUGGUAAUAGAAUGUUCUAAGAUUACUAUGCUGCCAGCAGGAAUGUGGCAUGCUGUGAUGGUGCUUGAAAUUUGAUUACUAAGGAGAACUGCUACCUUUUUCAGUUUGCCAUUGUACGGUCAACUUUAAUAUAAUUGUGACCUGACAUUCAAAAAAAAGUGCAAGAUGCAAGGCCUACCAUGUGCUUAUUUACGGUUGAUGUCUUUUAACAAUCUUCAAGGCAAACCUGUGACAUGCAAAAUCUUUCUUAUUAUCACUCGUUUUGACUUUUGUGAUUGAUGCAUUUAUCACAUCGUGUUAAACAUAGCUUGUUAUUCACAUGUUGAUAUGUGUAGCUCCUUCCUUCUUGUUUACGUUUGUUUGUUUCUUUGAUUAAACAAGUUAUCUGAGCUAUUUCUUUGUAUCUUUUUUGAUGCCAUGACAUAGAAAACACUACAUUAUCAAAUAUUCAAAUGCGUAGAUUUGGUAAAAGUUUGACUAUGAUAUUGAUGAUCUUUCGUGGUCUGAGUGGUGGAGUUUUUGCAGCUAUUCACAGGCUGGAAAGUUCAUGCACUGCCCUCCUUGUGGAUACACUUUCUGUUAACAAAAUGCUAUACAGUUUCUUUCUACUUACCUUGUGAUUUUGAUGGAGCUCUGUUCCUGUGGUUCUUUGACAUUUGUUGGUCUCUUGAGCAUUAGUUCUGCAAUAUGCAUUAUGCUCCUCUAUUGAACUCUAUAGCCCAUAUUGUGGAGAUCACUAACAUGUUAGUAAUUUUACUUCCCAUCAAACUUUCAGUUCCAUCGAAUUGUACAUUAUUGAAAUGCUCUUCUGUCUUCUUAUACUCGGUAUUCCUGUAACUAGAUUUAAACAAGGGUACAAGACAACAAACCUUAAUAAAUGUAUUGCAUGCAGCACAUGCAAAUCUUUUGGUCUACCAUGUGCUGGGUGUUUCCAGCAUGGCACUCUGCUGGUAUGAGGCUAACAAAUAUCUACUAUUGAGUUUGUUAGCUCCCGUGACUCUGGGCACUGCUUCACCAUUUUGUGACUUUGGUAUGGUUAUUAUGUUUGGUGAACUCAAUUUUCUAUGUUCCAAUCCCUGCUCUUAGUUAAUUCUUAUAUCUGCAGUCUGCAAAUCUUGUUUUCUAUUGCUUCGCUCAUAAUUAAUCUGUUUGGAUCACUAGAUUAGUAGGAUAAAACUGAAAGAAAUGAGAAUGACAUGACUCUGGGCCUGAAUUUUGCACAAGAUCCGACUGUUCAUUUGGUUCGAAUCUUUGCGUCUGAACUGCAUCUGCUGGUCAUUGAGUUCUUUACUUCUUUUAGUACUCCCGUGGUCCUUCGACAGACUGCACUUGUGUAUUUCACGUGAAUAAAUACAUAAGCAUGUGAAACCUGACCUGGAUUAAUGUAUUAUCCUAAUUUAUGUCAAAAAAUAUCUGACAUCCUGGACGCAUGAUUUUUCUAACACACAGAAACUGUGUGUCCAGAGUACAAGCGAGAUAGCAGUAAAUUGUUUCUUCCCUGUAUAAUUGACUGACAUCAUUUUAUUAUUUGAGGUUGUCAUCUUGCUUAGUUUCUCCACUUGCCACUGGAAUGGAGAUGAAGCACGGUGCUCUAUUAGUUAUGUUUUUCUUUUCUUCGUUCCUUGAGGUUAUAUUAGGAUUUUCCCUCUAAAUUAUUGACUUGCUAGAUUAAAAUCAUCUCCUUGAUACCACCAAUAUCAUCUGUGAAAAAUUGAUAAAUAUGAAUGUGUUAACUUGACUCCAUUUUAUCUUCUCCUUAUUUGAGCCUAUAUUCUUCUUUUUCUACUGAGAAAAACCAAAAGCAAAUAAGUGUAACUUUACAUUCUUAUUGAAGAUAUGCGAUAAUGUUCUGUUUGAACAUUCCCUGCAGCACCUACAUAGCAAGGGAUAUUUUUUUUCAUGCAACCCAGAAUCUGAACGCCAUUGCGAAAAGCAGGGAUAAAAUGCUGCUGUUUCACUGCACCAACUAAACAGAGAAAGAAAAGGAGAUGAGAAAACUCAGCAUGUUUUGAUUCGACUACAGUCUGCGCCCCCAAGAAACCAGGGAACAGGAGUCAGGACUAACCUCCAGCAGCUGCAACCGGUACUGCCUCUGCCCACUUUGGACGACGCCAAUCAUUCGCAUGACAAGGUAGAGCGGCAGCAGGAUACCAGCAGCACGAAGUAAGUACAUCUGCAAAGAAACAUAACCUCGGCUUUUAGUUCAUCGAAUCAGUGCUCUGCUGCUUCAGCCGUCGCCACUGCAACCAGAUGCCAUGCGAGCGUCACAAUGGUGAACUGCACAAGUCAGAAUCCAGGGGACAGCAUGGAUCAGGACUCGUCCUAAAGGAUGGCUAUUUUUCAAUUCGCUGCAUGACUUAGAACCACUACAUACCGUGAUCGCCAGCGACCGGCACCAUGUGGCGCAUUGAUCUGCGGCGUAGGAGCACCUGGUGUAAUCUGCACCGUCAACCAAGCCCUCCGGAGGUUCCAAAUGUUGCAUGUCCUCGUGUUCACUGCACGAUCACUUGAGAAAAUUUAGAUGGUUGCCAAUUUGACUGGAACCCAGUUACAAGCCUACUUGAAAGCUUUUUUUAUUUUAGAUUUUCUUUCCGAACUUUAUGAAACUUUUGCAGGUUAACGGUUUUUUUUUUGAAAGAAUGGUUAACAUUCUCAAAUUCAAA